CCCGUCGAGGUCGUAUGUCUAUAACCAGCGUGACGGAGCGUAGGAGCUUAUGUUUGAUUCCGUUGUGUUUUCCGUUGAUUAUCAAAAAUGGCCAUCUCCGACGCCGGAGAUGAGUCCCGAGCUUCGCUUCUUCUUUCAACCGUCGACGGAUUCGUCGAUUACAGAGGCAAUCCUGCCGUCAGACCCUCCACCGGCGGCUGGAGAUCCGCCGGACUCAUCAUCUGUGUGGAGGUGGCAGAGCGAUUCGCCUACUUCGGGAUACUCUCGAACCUGAUAACGUACUUGACGGGUCCUCUGGGCGAAUCGACGGCGGCCGCGGCGGCGAACGUCAACGCCUGGGACGGAUCAGCGUUGUUGCUUCCGCUUCUAUGGGGCUUCGUCGCCGACUCAUUCCUCGGCCGUUUCCGUACAAUUCUCCUCGCCUCUUCUCUCUAUAUCUUGGGGCUUGGUUUGCUGACCUUGUCUGCCAUGAUUCCUUCUCUUGGAUCUUCUGAUUGCAAAGGUGCGGAUUCAUGCCCUUCUCAGCUCCAAGUAAUCAUCUUCUUCUGCUCUCUGUAUCUGAUAGCGCUUGCCCAAGGCGGGUUCAAGCCAUGCGUUCAGGCUUUUGGAGCUGACCAGUUUGACAGACAUGACCCAGAAGAGUGCAAUUCCAAGAGCUCCUUCUUCAAUUGGUGGUUUUUCGGCUCUUGCGCUGGCACCUUAGUAACUCUCUGCAUCUCAAACUACAUCCAAGACAACCUUAGCUGGGCACUAGGCUUCGGUAUCCCAUGUCUUGCCAUGGUUGUUGCUUUGGUUAUUUUCUUGUUCGGAAUUAGGAAUUAUCGGUUCGGCAGUGGACGAGAAGAUCGAAGUGCUCUCGUGAGAAUUGGUAACGUUUUCGUAGCAGCUGCAAAGAACUGGCGAAUACCUGAUUCAGCUGUAGCUGAUGCAGAAGAGAGCCUCGGGUUCCUUCCUCACAAAAGUUCACAGCAAUUCAGUUUCCUCAACAAGGCACUGAUUAAUCCAACAUACUCCUGUGACACAGCCGAUGUAGAAGAGGCAAAAUCAGUGGUAAGGCUUGUUCCAAUAUGGGUAACUUGCCUGGUCUAUGCCAUUGUGUUUGGACAGUCCAAUACAUUUUUCACCAAGCAAGGAGCAACAAUGGACAGAUCAAUCACGUCGGGACUCGACAUUCCGGCCGCCACCCUCCAAUCAUUCAUCAACAUAGCCGUGGUAAUCUUCAUCCCCAUCUAUGACCGUGCCUUCAUCCCUAUUGCAAGAUCAUUCACUGGUAAACCAACCGGAAUCACAGUUCUUCAGAAAAUCGGAAUCGGUAUUUCCCUCUCCAGUCUCGCUAUGGUAAUAGCAGCACUGGUCGAGAUGAAAAGACUCGAAAUCGCCAAGGAUUACGGGCUUGUAGAUUCGCCAGACGCCAUAAUCCCGAUGAAGGUAUGGUGGUUGGUUCCUCAAUACGUAUUUCUGGGUAUAUCCGAGGUAUUUGCCAUGGUGGGUCUUCAAGAACUGUUCUAUGACCAAGUCCCGACCGAGCUGAGGAGUGUGGGUCUGUCACUGUACCUCAGUAUAUUCGGUAUAGGGAAUUUUGUGAGCAGCUUUAUGAUCUCGGUCAUUGACAGAACCACAAGCGGAUAUGGGGAGGGAAGCUGGUUCGGUAAUAACCUGAACUUGGGUCAUCUGGAUUACUUCUAUUGGCUUCUGGCCGUUCUCAGUUCCGUCGGCUUGGCUUUCUACUUGCAUUUCGCCAAGUCACACAUCUACAAUACACCAUACCAUACACAUUGUAAGCCAUGAGAGCUUUCUUCUAGUGUGUGUGUAUAUAUAUGGUAGGCUUAUAUAUAUAUAUAUGCAUGCAUGUUCAUGUCCUUCUCAUAGUGUUUAUAUUGGAAUCUUGGGACUUGCCGUAUUCUGUACUCUCUCUUUCUCUCUUUCUGGUUUUUACAAUUGGGCGUAAAGGCUUGAAUGAUGCCUUGUUCCUUAUGUUCUUGUAUUACUUGUAAUACACCCUAAUCUUAGGAGUUAGGACCAACUUCUGUAUUUGAGUUGUGUAGAUUUUGAUCUAGAAAAUAACGAUAUUUUUUUAAAGUAAUAAUGAAGUAAAGUUUGUUACA